UAUGAGAAUUAAAAAUAAAAAUUGUAAAAAUAAGACACGAAUAGUAAAUACUAUUUUAUUUAACUUAAUAACUUUUAUGAUCCAUUGUUAACUAAUAACUAAUCAAUCCUGUUCUUAUUCUUAACUUAAUACAUUUUUAAUUUCAAUGUUUCAUUUUCUUGUUUUCUAAAUAUGGAACUCAUACACGAGUCGUUUAAGUUACAAACUAUUCAAAUAGGGAUUGAAGACCUUCCUGAUGAAGUACUUGAGUUUAUAUUAGGUUUCUUGCCACCAUACAAAGAUCUGCAAAAUUGUAAGAUUGUUUGCAGGCGUUGGUGUCAUUGUGCACAAAAUGUUCUAAGAAAGACAUCAUUGAAAUUGAUGAAAGCUGUUGGUGAAUUCAACAUUUUAUGGAAAAAUGUUACAUCAAAUGAUAUAAUCCCUACAAUAACAAAAAGAUUUUCCCAUGCAGCUUGUGUCCAUGAAAACAGCAUGUAUGUGUUUGGUGGCUGUACUACAAAUGCUACCUCAUUUAAUGACUUGUGGAGAUUUGAUUUAUCAAAGAGACAGUGGAUAAGACCCUUGGCAACAGGAACUUAUCCAGUACCAAAAGCCUACACAUCUAUGGUUAAUUAUAAGGACUGGUUAAUUGUUUUUGGAGGCUGGACAUAUCCUUCACUCUCUCAGUACUAUCAAAAUGUGACCAUGUUCAAUGAUAUUCACUUCUAUUGUGUCAGAUCCAAUAAAUGGAUUCUUACAAAUGCCAGUAAUCCACCACCACCUAUGGCUGGGCAUUCAGCUUGUAUAAGAGGAGAUGAAAUGAUUGUAUUUGGAGGGCUGGUUAUGGCAGCUGCUGUAAAUAUUCAAAUACAAUGCUCAAAUGAUGUGUGGGUACUGGAUAUAUUAACAUUAAGUUGGAGAAAGCAAAUGACAACAAAACCACAACCAUCACCUAGAUAUGCACAAUCAUUGAUCAGGUUAGAUGGUGAUCACUUAAUGCUGCUUGGUGGUGUGCAGACCUUGCAUAAUCGGUUUGUCUAUAGUGACUGUUGGACUCUAACUAUGAAGGGACCAAUCUGGACAUGGAAAGAGAUAUCAGUAAAAAAUAAUGAAUGGGCUUCAGCGAACAUUUGGUGUAAUCCGGCUUGUAGGGUUGGUGAUAAAGUUGUAAGUUUGAGCAGAAGCAGAAAUGGGUGGAAUACACCAAAACCAUUAGUAACAUCAGCUGUUCGACUCUCAAAUUUGAGUAGACCUGAAGGAGCACCUGUUUCAGUUAGGAUACAACAAAGUUUACUAAGACCUUUAGAUAGAGAUCAAAACAUUAAUGGUAGGAGAGGUGUGCUACCAAGACAACAACAAAAUAGGCAAGGCCAUGAAAACCAGCCAACAGAGCCUAGAGCGGGCCCCAGUAAUGGACACAGAAGUUCAAACCCUAACUUAGGUGAUAAUAUGGAUACUAAUGAUGCACAUUCUAGUCAAGAAACUAACUCAGAUUCAGUUAGCAGAGAAUUAACAUUAAGAAGAAAUAAAAAUAAGAAUAAAGGAAUGAAAAUUGUACGACAAUUACAAGAAGCCAAUAAAUAUAGAAUGGCUGCAUUUUCUUGUGACUCGACACAAAAUACACCUCCCGAAAAUGAUCUGAUAAAUCAAAGGCAAAUAGCUCAUUUAGAGAACAGAUUAGAAGCAAGAGUUGAUGAGGAGCAACCUAUCCCACCACCACCCCGGCAACAAACUGUAAAGAAACCUAAACGGAACACCCUAGCGAUGCAUGUCUUAGAUAUUUCUACUAUUGUUAAUGGCAAUUCAUCGAACUAUGUGUCAUGGCUAUGUCCACGUUUAGGAGAAAUGAAUGGAGCUCCUGAAGAAUUAGUAAUGUACUCAUUAGUGAAGGGCAAUGGUGAAUUAAUUAUGUUUGGUGGUGUACAUAAUGAUAUUAGUAUCUUGAAUGUUGAACAGAAUAUGUAUUCAAAUUCAAUACAUUUUAUAACACCUCCAAAGGAUGUGAUAUAAAGAUAGAUAUUAUCCUCUAUAAAAAAUAUAAAUAAAUUGACAACUUCAAUGGUCCUUGUAAAUCAAUAAUUUUGUAUGAAUAUGCUUAUUCCAAAAAAAAAGGUGUACCCAAAUUUAUUUUAAUGAUUAUCAAUCAACUGUAUCUUAUACUUAAAGAUGAAGCACAAAGAUCUUUUUAUUUAAAAAAAUAUUUUUUCAUAAUUAACCAUUUUUUUUACAAUCAUGCAGAAGUUCUAAUAAAUUAUAAUUGGUAUAAUUUUAGAUAUAGUGAAAAUUACAUGAGUUGAAUUGUAUUUUUUACAUUCAACCCUAUGUAGGUAUGUUAGUCAUUCAUAUUAUAUAUUAUGUUAUUAUUCAUUGAACCCUUGUUAUACUUUGUAUCUUACUUACUCAUAUUUCAAUAUGGUUGUUACAAUAGAAACUAAUACCUUGUGUUUAAUUUGGGAAAUUGAUAUUUUUUGUAAAUAUUUGCUGUUUGAGUCCAUAAAUAAAGAUGGUAAUCUAAUUAUCAAAACUCAUUUGUUGACUCUCUUGUCAUGUCAAAUUGCCUCUCUUUUUAAGCAGCUGGUAUUUCGUACUGUCACAUUCUAUGAUUCCUAGUUCUAAGUAAGUAGAAUUUGCACCAUUUUAAUUUCAACAUCUUGAAUUACCCAACAGCAACAAUACAAGAUAAAACAGUUGAAA